CGCUUACCCAAUGAUGCUCUCCCUGGGCAUUUUAAAUUCUCAAACCUUACAUGAUUGGACAAAACAGAAAAAGGCGGUGUCAUUUUUUCAGGGAAGAAAAUAACGGAGUAGAAAAAGAUGACUUUUCAAGAAUCGAUAUUUCAUUGAAAAUGAAAAUUUGUUUUAAUUGAAAAUGAACAUGAUCGAUCAUACUAACCAGAAGCGCGCAUGGAAAUAAAGGCGGAUCUUUUGGGAUUUGUCCCUAUUUUUCGUUGUUUUGGAUUAAAAUUGCGGGAUGCAUUUUAAAGAGUGGACACUUACUGGUGUUGAGAUGAUAUGUAAGUAUUGUCCAUAUUAAUAUGCGGUCCGUCUGCAUUUCAUUUAAUCCUUUCCACUCCAGUGUAUUAUGAAAAAACAAGAUAUGAACAUGUAACAGUUACAUGAAGGACAGAAACCCAUAGAUGGCCUACCCCCUUAUGGCCCGCCCACGGGCCUGUGCGGGUUACGUUUAAAUAAUUGUGAAUGAAUAGUUUCAUAGUUAACUAUUUAUGCUGUGAGCAUUUAUUUUAAGUUUUUUAAAGUGUGUCUGACACAUGGAUGGUUGUCUCUGGGCUAAUAUUUCCCGGCUAUCCACUGACUUAACAACCUGGCCUGAGAUAAAACCUGAAAGCGUGUGUCUCACUUUUGUUUUAAGUGUUAUUUGCCGUUUUAAUAUUUUUAUAAGAUUUUCUGAGAUAAGCUUGAUCUCUAUUUGAAGUUUGCUUUUGCACACGCCACCAUUUUAGGAAUGGGUUGAAGUACACAGAUAGUAUCGCGAGAAGAUGACAUACACGCGCACUCAACUGCAUCUCUCUUAAACAAAAAUUCACAAAUUACAUCAACACCAAUAAUUGUCACUAGACUUGCUGAUAUAAUUGAAACAAUAAUUAAUUUAGAUUAAACUGGAUUUGUAAAUUUGUGAAAGACCACAGCGUAUUAUAUGUCAAUGUGCGUCAAUAUUGUGUCAAUUAUUUAUUUAAUCAUUUCUUAUUAAUCAUGCAACUUAAACUUGAAACAGAUGCGAAUAAUGACAUUAGACACUGAAAAGCUAUUGAUAAACUUUUAAGUAAAUGUACAAAGCACAUCGUUUAAAUUAAACAUUUAUUAAAUUAUUUAAUUUAAUAUAUAAUAUAUUUAAUAAAUAAUAAAUAUUAAAGUAAUGUAUCUAAUGAAAUUUAUUAAAUCAUUAACUGUCACAUCACCUUCAGCCUUCAAAUACUUUUUGCUCCCGGAUUUCUAAUUGGUUUACAAACUAUGGCGUUACUUAAUUCUGCAGGCAGCUAUGUGAGACUGAUAUGAUGUCUGUUCAGCAGACAAUAUCGCACAAAACUUACACAAUUUCUUAAGGUUCAUGUUUAGUACGAGGAAUAGUGAUCUGAAUUAAAGUUUACCAAAAUAAUAUUAAGGAUAAUCUCUUUUUGUUUAUAUUUUUGCCCAUUUUACCUUUUAUUUAAACAGUGAUAGAGGAGAGGACAGGGAGGAGAGAGGGGUCGCCGAAAGUGCGAAAGCACCACAUGUCGGAGCGAUGCCCAAUAAUAACUUCAUCGGCUCCGACGGAUAUAAAAAAAAUGUUAUUUCUUUUUGUGAAAUAGAAAAUACAGAAAACAUGAAGCCUACACGUUACACUAAAUUAACUGUUUAAUAACACUCCCUCUUAAUUUAUUUAUUUAUUUACUUCUUAUCACUUUUAUUAUUUUAUUAGUAGCCUAUAUUAUUUUCUUUUGUGGUUUUAAUGUAAUUAUAUUUUAUAUUGUUUACUUAUAUUAAUUGCGGGUUGUAGAGCUUGAAAUAUGUAUAAGUGUAUUUUAAUUCUUUUUUUAAAUGUAAGUACAAAUGUACACAAAAUAUAUAUUUUUUAAAUGUUAAUUUGUGUAAAGUUUUAAAUCGAAAGUCAUAAUAAACAAGCAUUAAAUGAGGUGUAAUGUACAUAUUAUUACACGUAUGUCAUUUACAACAUUUAUACAGUUAUUUAAAUGCAUGCUGGUGACAGUUUUACCAAAAUUUUAAUUAUUCUUUUUAAAAGCUCAGACUAAAAUGUACAAUAUCCGUUUAAAUCUUUCAAUAUUUCUCUGUGUGUUUGCUACCUUAAUUAAUUUCGAAACACUUUAAACUUUAAAGUUUGUAAUCUGAUUUGUCUAUAAUAAAAACAAAUGUUAAUGUGUAAAACAGUUUGAAUCGGUUUGAAUGAAUGAAAUGCGAGAAUCUAUUCAUAGACGGACAUUUGCCGCCUUAAAAUAUGUUACAUUUAAAGUCAUAAGAAUCCCAUUUUUAUUUAAUGUUAAAACCAAGCACACUAAUACAAUAUUAAACAUUCCUUUUUGCGAACAAAAUAUAUGGCGAUUUAUUUAUUGAAGUCAACACAAAUAGCAAAUAAUACUGAAAGGGCGUGUAAAUAUUAAAUUAUUAAUACGAUAAUAUUUAAAAAGACGUGAUCAUUUACUUUUCAAAUGUUAUAACAAAAUAUCUAAAGGGCGCUUUAUGAAAAAUAUUAAUUCUUUUAAUAUCCGUGUUUACUAUUGGACUGAAGAGAAUUUUAUUGUUGAAGACUUUUUAUCUGAUAUAGAAAAGAUAGACAAUUCCCGAUAUUCAUAAAGCAAUUAUAAAAAAUGAUAUAUAUUUGUGUGUGUGUGUUUGUGUGUGUGUGUGUUUAUAGUUUCCAUGGUUUAACUACAGUUAACAAUUUUUAAUGUUCGUACGGUGACGCUGUAAUGCAGUGAUUAUUACGUCAAGUUUCAGAGGCUAUAAAAGUCAGCGCGUCCUUCAUUGUUUCGUGGGUUUUCAGUUCGGCGUGUUUUGGUUCUUGUUCACAAGUCCAAGGCGAUUUUCUGUGUUUUUCCUGGUUGUUUGUUUGUCUUUGUGUGUUUUGUUCGUCAUGUUUCCCGUCUUUGUUAUUGACAGAGGAUCACGACGAUUCCCUUCAGCGGAAGAGCUUUCUGCUGCUUUGAAUAACGGGUCGACUCUCCUGUUUGUUAAGGAGAAUCGGCCCGUUGUUGCAAUCAGCAGACCUCUAUCUGCUCCUGAAUUCACUGAGCCCUCCGUCCCUGUGUCACAGGAGGAGGCGCUCAGUGAACCGGGCAGUCCGCAUGAGGGAAACACAGUGGAUGCUGAGGUUUCGGUGAGGCCGUUAUCAACAGCAGAGGAAGCCUGUCCAGAGGAGAAGGCCAUGGUCAAGGUUGAAGACACUGAGGAGGAGGCGUCAGAGUCUUCUCCUGAUCAUGUGCUUUCUCCAGUGUCUGGUUCAGGCUCUGUCACCAGCUCUCUUACUGAAGGGAGUUCCUCUGUUGUGGACGACGAGCCUCCACUCAGCAUCCAACCAGUGCUGUCGCUGCCUUGGGUCGGUGAGGUGGUCCCCAUAGAGGACAUGGAGCCACCAGCUCCCACGAAAGGUUUUCCAGUUUGGAAAGACCUAGGGGACACGGUGGACCUUCAUGUCGCUCAUGAGGAGACCACACCACCAUCCUCCACUCAGGCAGCCGACACACAUCAGGGCGAUGCUCUCAGCUUUGUGAUGUCUGAAUUGACACCAGCUGAUCGAGCCGCCGCUCCCCCAUCUCCUGCGUUAUCAACAGCAGAGGAAGCCUGUCCAGAGGAGAAGGCCAUGGUCGAGGUUGAAGACACUGAGGAGGAGGCGUCUUCAUCUGAUCAUGUGCUUUCUCCAGUGUCUGGUUCAGGCUCUGUCACCAGCUCUCUUACUGAAGGGAGUUCCUCUGUUGUUGAUGACUGGAGUGAGGUUGAGCCCCUCAGCAUGGAACCAGUGCUGUCUCUGCCGUGGAUCGGUGAGGUGGUCUCCAGAGAUGAAAUGAAGCCACCGGCCCCCGUGAAAGAAGGUUUUCCAGAGUGGAAAGACCUCUGGUACACGGUGGACUUCAGUGCAUCUCGUAAGGAGACCACCACACCACCAUCCACAAGUGCAGGCGGCCCACAUCAGGAGAACAUCAAGGACCACGAGACUAAAGAUCUCAAGGCGAGGGCGGAGAUUUUAGUCUUUGAUGUGGUCCGUUUCUCCGGAUGUGGUUAUGUUUCUGCAGAAUUCCGAUUUAAGGUAGGGCGAGCAUUGGUGGACUUUGCCCUGACCUCUGAGGAGGCAUGUAGUCUCGUGAGGAAGACUUUGGACCGGGAGAUGCUCCGUCUUCGUAAAGAAGAGAGUUCGCCCCAGAAAUUGAUUCACCUUUACAGGUUCAUAAAGAGGUAUCCCAUGAUUUUUGUAGGCAUGAAGUGCCAACUUUCUUCAUGGGUCCUCGAGGAUCUUUAUGAUUCAGACCUCUCUUCAGAGGAUGAAUCUGAUGAGGUUGUACCUGCUGCUGCCCCUGCUCCUGCUGACCCUCCAGCAGUGAUCCUUCCCUCUCCUCCUCCUGCACCUGCACCUGCUCCUGCUGACCCUCCAGCAGUGAUCCUUCCCUCGCCACCUCCUGCACCUGCUCCUGCUGACCCUCCAGCAGUGAUCCUUCCCUCUCCUCCUUCUGCACCUGCUCCUGCUGACCCUCCAGCAGUGAUCCUUCCCUCUCCUCCUCCUGCACCUGCUCCUGCUGACCCUCCAGCAGUGAUCCUUCCCUCUCCUCCUCCUGCACCUGCUCCUGCUGACCCUCCAGCAGUGAUCCUUCCCUCUCCUCCUCCUGCACCUGCUCCUGCUGACCCUCCAGCAGUGAUCCUUCCCUCUCCUGCACCUGCUCCUGCUGACCCUCCAGCAGUGAUCCUUCCCUCGCCACCUCCUGCUCCUGCUGACCCUCCAGCAGGGGUUCCACCCUCCCCUAGUGUGUCUCAACCUUCACCUCCAGAUGGAUCGACUGCUCCGGUUGAGACGCCUCAGCCCCAGACGCCUCCAUCCUCUCAGCAAAAUAAAGCUCAUGAGAUGGAGGAAUUGGAGGUGGAUACUAGUUUACCAUCUCCACCUUCACCUCCAGAUGGCUCAACCGCUCCGGUUGCGUCUCCGCAGACGCCUCCUCAGCCCCAAACGCCUCCUCAGCCCCAAACGCCUCCAUCCUCUCAGCAAACUAGUGCAGACAAGGUGGAGGACAUGGAGGUGGAGACUAGUUUACCAUCUCCACCUCCAUCUCCAGAUGGGUCAACCGCUCCGGUUGCACCUCCUCAGCCACAGCCGUCUUCAUCCUCUCAGCAAAAUAAAGCUGAUGAGAUGGAGGACAUGGAGGUGGAGGCUAGUUUACCAUCUCCACCUUCACCUCCAGAUGGGUCAACCGUUCAGGUUGCGUCUCCACAAACGCCUCCUCAGCCCCAAACGCCUCCAUCCUCUCAGCAAACUAGUGCAGAUGAGGUAGAGGAUAUGGAGGUGGAGACUAGUUUACCAUCUCCACCUCCACCUCCAGAUGGGUCAACCGCUCCGGUUGCCCCUCCUCAGCCCCAGACGCCUCCUCAGCCCCAGCCAUCUUCAUCCUCUCAGCAAAGUAAUGAGAUGGAGCUGACAUCAAUAAUGGCCAGACUCUGUCUCACAGAAACAGAUAUUAAAGCUCAACCUUCACCUCCGGAUGGGUCAACCGCUCCGGUUGCGUCUCCCCAGACGCCUCCUCAUCCCCAAUCGCCUCCUCAGCCCCAGACGCCUCCUCAGCCCCAAACGCCUCCUCAGCCCCAAACGCCUCCUCAGCCCCAGACGCCUCCUCAGCCACAGCCGUCUUCAUCCUCUCAGCAAAGUAAUGAGAUGGAGCUGACAUCAAUAAUGGCCAGACUCUGUCUCACGGAAACUGAUAUUAAAGCUCAACAUUCAUCUCCUCACGGGCUGUUGGCUGAUGUCACGCCACCUCAGGCCCAACUUUCACCUCCUCACAGACAAGCGCCUCCUCCCGCCUCACCUCCACAGUGUCGCGCUUUUAAGCGUCCGCCUCCUCCGUCACAGGAUGAGAUGAAGCCGACGCCAAAGACGGACAGUCGGAAUAGGCUGUCGGCUGAGGUCACGCCGGCUCCGGCCCAGACACCAUCAUCCGCUCAGCAAAAUAAAGCAGACACUGCCGUGGCCGACUGUUCUUCAGUUUCUCAACCUUCAACUAAUAACAGUCGGCCAAUCCGGCAAGUGUCUCCUCCCGCCUCUCUUCCUAAACGUCGUGCUCCUAAGCGUCCGGCGUCUUCACAGGAUGAUCCGGAUGAGAUGGAGCCGACGCCAAAGAGGCCCAGGCUGUCCAAUACCGAUAUUAAAGCUCAACAUUCAUCUCCUCACGGGCUGUUGACUGAUGUCACGCCACCUCAGGCCCAACUUUCACCUCCUCACAGACAAGCGCCUCCUCAGGCCUCACCUGCUCAGCGUCGUGCUGUCAAGCGUCCGGCGUCUUCACAGGAUGAUCCGGAUGAGAUGGAGCCGACGCCGAAGAGAAAGAGGCUAAAUGGGCUGGCGGCUGAGGUCACGCCUCCUCCGGCCCAGACGCCAUCAUCCUCUCAGCAAAAUAAAGCAGACGCUGGGGAGGUCGAGUGCUCUUCUGUGUCUCAACCUUCACCUCUUCAGAGACAUAUACCUCCUCCCGCCUCUCGUCGCCGUCUUUGGCGUCCGGCUCCGUCUUCACAGGAUGAGAUGGAGCCGACGCCAAAGAGGGCCAAACUUAACAGGCUGUCGGCUGGUGUCACGCCUCCUCCGGCCCAGACGCCAUCAUCCGCUCAGCAAAAUAAAGCAGACACUGCCGUGGCCGACUGUUCUUCAGUUUCUCAACCUUCAACUAAUAACAGUCGGCCAAUCCGGCAAGUGUCUCCUCCCGCCUCUCUUCCUAAACGUCGUGCUGUUAAGCGUCCCGCUCCAUCCACUUCACAGGAAGCAUCUGAAGGCAUGGUAUCAGACGCCAAGAGACCCAGACUUGAUGGGUUACUUUAAAAAAAAAAGAGAGAAGAAGAAGAAGAAGAGACCCAACUUCACCUCCUCAAACCCCGAGCAGAAAAUAAAUAAAAAUAUUUUGAUAUUAAACAGAGUAGAGUAGUGGAGAAAACAAAAAUGAGAAAGAUUGUUUGUGACGCAUUCAUUAUGUUCAUUUAUUGUGUCAAACUUAAAUGUAAUGCGAUUAUCAGCCGCAUCAAAUGAAAAGAGCAAAAAUCAUGAUCAGGUUUUACCAACAUUUCCAUCAUCCACUAGAAAGCACUUACAACCAAACUUACUGUAAACCUAAUAAGACAAAGAACCAAGUUAGGUUGAAAUCACUGAGAGAGAAACUUCACUAAAGUUUCUCUGUUCUCCUUUAUCUCCUUUAGUAACACUAAACAGACAGAUCACAGAUGAGUUCAAACAGUUAACUAACUUAAAAUCAAUACAAGGUCUUUACAUCUUCUAACAAUCUGAUUACGAGGUUAAAAGAUCAAAAAGGUUUUCAAACGUCUCUCUACAGCUUGACGUAUAAUAUAUGAGAGAUUUCUGACUGCAGCAAUAACUUAUAAAAAAACACUUAUUUUUAUUAUCAUAAGAAAACAUUGAAGUUUAUUGGUUAUGACGUGGACGACUAAUGAAUACAUAAAUCAUUUCUGAAGAGUUUGUUUUGAAUAAACACAGUAAAUAAUCUUUUAUUUAAUAUCUAAAGGUGAAAACAUCUGUAAGAGAGAUCUGUAUAUGAGCUGUUGACUGUUAAUGUUUGUAUAUAGCACAUGAUUCACAUUGUUUUCUUUAUCACACUGCAUUCAGGGAUCUUGAUGGCCACAUAAAGGAGGUGACCUAUAAAUCAACACAACAUUUUAUUCAUCUGUUUCAGAGGUAAGUUAUUUUAUUACAAAUGUUACUUUAUAAAGUCACUGUUUUAUUAAAGUCAUUUAAAAUGAUAAACAUCCAGUGAUGCUCUGAAUGAACUGAGAUUUAUUGAACACACAGUGUUUCUGUUCAUCUCAUGUUAUUAUUUAGUAUUUAUAGAGUAAUAUUUCAUCCUGAAGAGUCUUUAGUUUGAUCAGAUUUAUAAAAGAGAGAUCAGCUUUAACUCUGGAGAUGAACCUCGGGAGGAGCGAGUCAAGAGCAAACAACACACACAAAACAUUAUCUCACUAUCUCUUAAUAACUUAUAAUUCACUACAUGUUCAUAUCAAUGAUGAAUUCAUUAAUUCAGCUUUAAACAAACACACACACACACACAACUUCACUGUUACUCUGUUUCAGGGUUUAUUUUAGUUAAUUAUAUUUAGCUUCAGAGGACGUCUGCACAUGCGUGCACUUAUGAUGAGCGUUCAGCAGCACAUAUUCAGUGCUAUAUUAUAAUGUUUAAGCACUUUUAUUACAUUUACAGAUGCAAAUAUCAAUUGCUGUC